UGACUUGACGCCCCUGCGAGCAGUGAUGUGUUCAGGUUGCGGAGUUGUCACAGUUUGAUCAGCGUCUCUGAAGGAGGAAGUGCAGCCAUGGCGCAGGGAGUGAAGGAAAGGUUCGACCAGUUCCUUCAUCAGAAGAACCUCAUAACGGAUAUUCUCGCAAAAAUCGAGACGAAGACAGGAGUGAGCAGGACGUACAUCGCUCUUGCUGUCAUCGGGCUCAUCGCAGUGUACUUGGUCGUUGGCUACGGAGCCUCCCUCCUGUGUAACCUCAUCGGUUUCCUUUAUCCGGCCUACAUUUCGAUUAAGGCCAUUGAAAGUGCUACCAAGGACGAUGAUACUAAAUGGCUAACUUACUGGGUCGUUUAUGGAGUCUUCAGUGUGGCAGAGUUUUUUGCUGAUAUCUUCCUCUCCUGGUUCCCAUUCUACUAUAUCGGAAAGUGUGCCUUCUUGGUUUGGUGCAUGGCUCCGACGUCCUCCAACGGAUCAAUCCAGAUUUAUAACCGCAUCAUUCGACCCUUUUUCCUGCGGAAUGAAACCAGGAUUGACGAUGCGGUGAAGACACUCCAGGAUAAGGCGUCAGAAGCUGCUGACAAGAUCAAAGAUGAGGCCAAGAGAGCCACAGCAAACAUCAUGUUCGAGGAGAAGAAGAGCUCUUAAGGAGACUCUGUCCAUGCGUCACUCUGUUGCUGACUAAACGUUGAAUGUUUGUGUUAAGUACAUAAUCUUCACCAAAAAUGUAAUAAAUAUGUUCCUUGCGCAGCAAUGACCUUCUCAACCAAAUAAAAACCAACCUCCAGAA